AUGGAUAAGCCUGUUCAGGGUGAAGAAACACGUGCGAUGGGUAAGAAGAAAAAUGAACGCAUUCAACGUGGGGGCCCAUCUGAACAACAAAUGGCUUUUAAUAAUACUGGUAACCGUAUUAAUAAUAGUGGUAGCUGUACUACAAUGGAUCAUUCGAAUAACACAACUGUGACUUGUAAUAUUCAGAUAAAUUACAUUUCCGCGGAACCAUACACAUCUCCACAACAACCCCAACCUCUAUUCCAACAACUUCAACCACAAUCCCAACCUCUAUUCCAACAACUUCAACCACAACCCCAACCUCUAUUCCAACAACUUCAACCACAAGCCCAAGGGGUGUGGGUGUGGGUGUGA